UUACAGGUCUAGCUACUCUGCAGAUGCCAUAUGAUGGCAAGCAGUCAAUUCGUUCCAUCACCUGUUCAUCAUUACCCGCAUUUUGAUUGCGUUGAACAACCCGGAGUUAUUGUUCCUCCUAGUUCUUCCUCUGCUCUAACGAUUCCGUGUUCGAAUCCAAGUCUAUCCCACUCUCCUUGUCCAGAAUGUGCUCUUCAUUCAACAAUCUUACAGUCAAUGACUUUCAAUAUGAAUUCAAAUGAUUAUACAGCAUGUCAGCAUCUGCACGCAUCAGCAUCAUGUUCCAGUUGUUACUCAAACUUUCAGUUGCAACAACAAAGAGCAGAAAUGGGACAUGGACAUCGGAGUCACCCAGUCUUUCGAGGUCCGUGCGGGCAUAUGCAACAAAGCUACGAACCUAGGAAUACACAAAUACACCCGAACGGAUCUUAUCAAAAUUUGCAGUUUCACGAUUGGUCCAGACCGGUGUCCACUACCGAUAACGGUGUAUUUCUCCCACCGCCUCCAAAUAUUACACCUACGUCAAACUGUUCUGACGUCAGGGAAUAUUCAUCAAUGACGUCAUCGGGAAUAUUAACCCUCCCGUCGCCGACGUUUUCAAUACCCCCCAUUUCUCCAUUUUUGCCAAAUUCUAUCACGAAUAUUAAAGAGUACGACCUCACGUCAAUACCUAGUGGUGAAUCACGUAAUCCAGCAUACUUACAAAUUGACGUAUCCAAUCAACGCAACUCUAUUCCCACAAAUCAAAACACAAAAACUGAGUCUCUACCUAGUAUAUCAGGUAUGCAAAUAACAGAACAGGAGUCAAAACCGGAUAUUAAAAUUGAAAAACCGGAUAGCAAUAAAAGAAAACUACAAAAAACUUCUUCGGAUAAAAAGAAAAGCAAAGGCGGUGAAAAUAAAGGACCAGAGGUUCGCAAACGUCAACCUGAAGAUCUCUGUCAAGUGUGCGGCGAUCGGGCUUCUGGUUAUCACUACAAUGCGUUAACAUGUGAAGGAUGUAAAGGAUUUUUCCGAAGAUCGAUCACAAAUAAAACUUCAUAUAAACAAGGGUGUAAACAAGGGGGUAACUGUGAGAUGGACACAUACACAAGAAGAAAAUGUCCUCAUUGUCGAUUAAAGAAAUGUAAAGAAGUCGGAAUGCUUGAAGAAUGUCUUCUUACUGAAAUACAAUGUCAAUCAAAACGACGAAGGCGGAAGCAAAAACAAGAGCAAAACGAUGAGGUCAAGCAACAAGAUGAAACGUCACAAAGCACAAGUGUUACAUCACCUGGUGGUCAGUCAUCCGUAGCAUCAUCACCAUGGGGAUCAGAUAGCUCACAAAAUGGUGACAAUGGGGUUUCUCUCACCUUGACUGACGAAGAAACUAAAUUAAUCGAAACGGUUUCAGAAGCUUUCAAACAUUAUAAAAUCAACCCCGAUAUUGUCAAGAGAUGGGAAAAGUAUAUAAAUAAAGAAUCCAAAACCACGUGCAGACUAUCAGACAUCACAACAGUACACGUGCAAGUAUUGGUCGAAUACGCGAAGAGUUUACCAGGUUUCAUAACUCUCGAUCCAGAAGACCAAAUUGCCUUAUUGAAAGGCUCUGUUUUCGAAGCAAUGCUGUUGCGGAAUUCAUGCGGGUAUCAUCAUUUAACAAGAGAAAUCAACAUCCCCGCCAUAUUGGAUGAGAUCGGUAUUGAAGUCAAUAAAUUCCGAGCUUUGCUUGACUUCUUUGCUUGCAUCGGGAAAGUACAGAUGGAUGAGAUCGAGUAUGCAUUGCUGAUUGCGAUUGUCGUUUUCAAUUCAGAUUACCCUUAUGUCAAGAAUAAAGCCAUUAUUGAAGAGUUACAAGAUCAGUACCUGAGUGUAUUAGCAAAAUACAGUCUAACAAGAGAGCCAGUCCGGCCGUCAAUUUUUGCAAAAAUUCUGGCAACUCUCACAGAAAUCCGAUCGUUGAGUCAUUUUAACGCUGAAAUUGUGACGUCAUGGAAGAAGCGAGGAGCGUUAACACCUUUGUUAUGUGAGAUAUGGGACCUGGAUUAGCUCGCACGUGAUUGGAGAUUUUAAAUGUUUUAAUUUUAUCAUCCACACUGUUUAAAAAGGUCGGCCAAUUAAUUGUAAUUUACGAAAAAGGGAAAUUUUCUGUGUAAUAUAAAGCGCCGUGAUGAAAUUGCAGCGAUGACUCUUGUGUGCACUAUAUUUCACGAAGAAGAUGGCGGUCUGAUGAGCGUGGAUUUUUGAAUUAACAGUAAAGCUAAUGAAAAAAAAGUUGAAUAUGAAUAAAAACAUAUAUUUUAUGUAUUUCAGGCUACCCUGAGCCGUUGUUUUACCACAAAUUUGGCUUGUUU